AAAUGACUAAACUAAUCCUUCAGAGCUAACCUCUCUCGAAAACUGAAUUGAACUAUUUAUUCACGACCAUGUUUUCAUAAUCAUCGAGUGACGUUUUUACCAAUAUAAUACGUAAUAAAAAAGAUAGUAUUUACUUCGUCAUCGGAAAAGCAACACUUCUUGCGUAUGCAAAGAUCAGUGCUAUAUUAUUCCGAAGGUCGUUUAUCAGUUGAUUUUCUAAGUUAUAACAAUUCGUGAAAUUUACGACCAUGAGCAAAUUGUGGAGAGAGGCUGCGAGCAUUAUUAUUGCAGGUCGAACAAAUGUAUUCAAAUGUAGUAAAAUCACCGAUAGUAAGAUAAACGGAAAAUUUUCGCCCGAUUAUAAAAUACUUGUUUUGAAACGUGGAAAAAGUAGCCGUUUCUUUCCUGGAGGAUAUGUUUUUCCUGGAGGUGCCACAGCGAAUGAGGACAGCUGUCAAGAGUGGCUUAACAUAUAUGAAUCUCUCGGUUUCAAACCAGAACUCUUAAAGGUCCUAACGUCUAAUUCACCGACAGUUCCCCUAUUUUCGGAUAAUAGUAAACCUUUGCAUAAAUCCAUCAGCUUAAGAAUAACAGCGAUUCGAGAAACAUUUGAGGAGAGUGGAAUUUUGCUUUGUAGAAGUCAGAAAGACUCCACUCCAUCUAAUUGGGCUGCAUAUAUGUCAGGCCACCAGUUACAAGAAUGGCAAAAAAUUGUCCAAAAUAAUGCUUAUGAAUUUCUCAACCUCUGCAAGGAAUUUAAAUGUUUUCCUGAUAUAUGGUCAUUACAUCUCUGGAGUAAUUGGUUGACACCUACAAAUAAUCCUAUUCGCUUUGAUACUGCUUUCUUUCUGGCUACUAUAGACCAGCUUCCACCUUCCUUCAUGAACGAUUUGGAAAUGGAUGAUAUGAAGUGGUGCCACCCACAAGAAUUACUUCAAGGUAAUAUUCAAGAUUCAGUCUGGUUACCUCCUCCUCAGUAUUAUGAGAUGUCAAGAAUAGUGACAUAUCAAAACAUUGACCAGUUGAAUAAUUUUGCUGUAGAAAGAACCAAACAUGGGUGUGAAAGAUGGAUGCCUGUUCAAAAGAAGGCUAAAGAUGGAAUUAUUUGCUUUCUACCAGGUGAUGAGCAAUAUCCCCAAAAAAUAGAUUGCAAUAUAAAAGAUAAAAUGGGUGAACUUGAAGGAACAAUGAAGAAUCUAAGAAGUAGUUCUCGUAACAUCCAUAGAAUGGAACUGUGUGAGAAUCAAGGCACAAAAAUAUUCAUUUCUAAUGUUGAACCAAUUUCUGGACAUACAUUACCAAAUACAAAUUCAAAAUUAUAAAAUAUCUAUACAUUUUUGGUGAAGAUUGUGAAUUACAUUUUACUUGAUAAGUAUAGACAUGUUUGCAAACAGUAUAAUUGAAAUUAGCUACAUGAUAAAUCAAUCAUGAUAAAGAGAAGGAUCAACCUACAACAAUGAUCACAAAAGCAGUUUGUGGUGUUUGUCAACCAUUGUUUUCCUUUACUUCUAGACUCGUUUUUCAAAAAUUUGCAAUGGUUAAUUAAAAUUUUAUUUGUUUUACAAUGUUUUGAAUAUGAAAAAUGUUUAACAUGUAUUAAUCCUCAUGGUUAAAAUAAUUAUAAAAAAACCUACAAAAUGGAGAACAAAUCCAAAAGAGUUAUGGAAGUGGUGUUUGGAUUCACUAGAGGAAAGGUCACACUGAUGUACCUGAUGUUUUCUUUUUUCUUGCAAUAAUGCUUGUUCAGUUUUGUAACACCUGUAUUGUUUUGUAAUAUUCAGAUACUAAGCAUUUACAUAGUUUCAAUGAGAUCAUGAGAAUAAAUUUACUCUUUGAAGCAUUGACUCAAAAACUCAUUAAAGGAAGAGAAAACUAUGAUGACACAAGUUUUCAAAUUAUUGUCCUAAAUACUCGUAUUUUUUAUGAGCCGUGGCUGAAAAUGUAAACUACAUCCCUUUAUUUCAAAAUCUGAGAUUAGAGAAAAGGCAAUUAUGAUACUUGAUAUAUUAAGAGGAAGUUAGGAAUACUCAUGUGCCAUCCUAAAAAAGAAUUAAAUUUUGUAAAGCCAUCGUUAUAUUUCUGGACUUAUAAUUCCAAUUAAUAUAUGUCAAUUGCCACUAUUGUUACUACUGUAAGAUGAUUGCAAUUUAUACUAUUGUAUUUUUUCUACUGAUGUAUUGUAUUUGUAACUGAAAGAGUCACUAAUAACCAUGUUGUUGAUGCAACUAAAUUUUUUUAAAAAUUAAAUAACUGGUUUUGAGUAAAUUUGAACUUCAGACAUUCUAAACAAGCUUUCUUGAUUAGCCUUUUUUAGGUUAGAAAAGGUUUGUAAACAAAUUAUACAAAUAGAAAAUAUAAAAGGGGAUCCGAAUAAUAGUGCACUUUUUUCAAUGCUUUCCUCCCAUAAAUUUCAACUACUGU